CUUUAAAUAGCAGCUGUUUAAAAGCUCCUCUCCAUUCUCCUGUCUGCUGUGCAGCUCGCAGUCUCUCCUUCAGCACAGCAGUUCAACCUCUACUCACUCACACAUUUUCUUCAAUUAACAACAACCCCCACAAAACAUCCGCCUAAUGUCGGCCGCCAGCACCGAGACUAGCGCCCCGCUGCCCAGCGCCGCCAGCCGCGUCUUCUUCCAAGGCGCGCCCGGAGUUGGCUGCGUUGGCUCCGGACCCAUCACCAGCGACGACCCGGUGCAGAAGAAACAGGGCAAAGUGACGGUCAAGUACGACAGGAAAGAGCUGCGGAAAAGACUCGUCCUGGAGGAGUGGAUCAUCGAGCAGCUCAGCGAGUUGUAUGACUGUGAGGAGGAAGAGAUGCCAGAGGUAGAGAUAGACAUAGAUGACUUGUUGGAGGUUAACAGUGACGACGAGAGAGCCAGCAAACUACAGGAAUCAUUAAUAGACUGCUACAAACCAACAGAGAUCUUUGUCCGUGAGUUGCUGGGCAGGAUAAGGGGAAUGCGAAAACUCAGUGCGCCAACUAAGAAGGGCCUAUAAUGGCUGUGAUGUCAACCAUCAAUCAACCAUAAACUACGUCAUCUCAGCUCCACCUACUAUAACCCACUCAACAUGGACUGUCAUCACACGGAAUAACUUAUCUAAACAUAACAGUAACUGUUCUGCGACUUUACAAACAGGCACAUAAACUCCAUGCCACAUAUAGCACUAGUCAUUCAUUUCACAAUCAUGUAGAAUUACAAGGUGUAUUAUUAUAUUUGACUGUUGAAAGGUACGUAAGCAAAACAGAGCCAACAUGGUUAAAAUAGCAUACAACCACAAUAAAAAUGUCAAGCCCUGGAACAUGCCAGAACUGCAACAUGAAUACCACCCAAUUCCACAUUUCAGAGCCAUGUUACAAGCGGACGCUGUAAUAAAAAAACAGCCAUACAGACUAAAACACCAACAAAAAGGGAAAAAAAAAAAGUUUGUACUGCAGUAGGUGUGAAAUUAGCUGUAGCACUAUGUAAACACAGUGCUUCAUGAUUUUGUCCUUUUUUUACUGAGGUGUUUUGCUGUUACUUCUUUUACAAAAUGUACUGUACGUUGCCAUUUAUUGUUCAUGUGAUUGAAAUGUGGUCUUCAACAGUUUUUGUCCUACUUUAAAGUCACCCCCCCUUACUCCGUCAGUGCUUGCAAACGUAAGGGAGUAGUUUUAUUUUAAGCACAAGGCGUUAAUGCAUCAAUUCUGUCCUUUUGUGAUGUGUAAAACUCUGGAAAGAGUGGGGAACGUUUUAGCGAGCAAGGCUAAAAUAGUGUGUGUGCUUUUUACCCACUGUUCUAGUGUACUUUUCACCACAGCAAGGCAUGAUGGGUGUUGCAGUUCUCUGUGCGAGACUGCAAAACCUGUAUGAUUGGCGGCCUUUCACUUAUAUAACGUCACGCUGUGUUGUCCCUCAUUAGAAUACAUAUCAGUUGGUCGUUUAGGUUCAAGCACAAAAGCCCAUACAUCGUUUCUCACACUCUGGUUCACUUAACUCUGCUAACUUGCCUCUCUAAUAGUGGUUGUUGUUGCCUUUAAAGGACAUUCAGGAUCAGUUCUUUUUUCUCAGCACUGAACCUUAACUACUGACAACCUUAAAAGGCAAAUAUGGUUGAGUCAGAACCUGAGGACAACUUGAAACUUUGACACUGAAACCUGUCAGGUCCUGUAAGGGAAGGUGUGCCAAAACUGGGAGUAUUACAUCUUAAAUGUCAUGCGUCACGGCGGUAUUGGUGUGGCACGGCAUUUCCACAGUUUAAGUUUGUGAAACAUCGUCGAGUGGGCGCAGAAUUUUUUAGAUGUUUCCAGGUGUGCUGUAAUCCCAGGUUUAGGAGGUGGAUUUAGUUAUUUAUAGUUGUGCACCAACACACUCAAACACCUGUAAGCUCUGGUACAAUCAUGACUCUGUUAUGGGGUUGGGCCCGGUUUCACUUCCGAGCAGUCAAAUUGUGUACCGACCGGAAUGGAGCAGACCUAAAUCUGCCAUAUGAUAUAAUACCGUUCAGUUGCCAAAGACAAAAGCAGGGCAAUGUUUCAUUUUAACAUAACACUUGCAAAGCACCCGUCUUGCAUGCUAUAACAACAGAGAAAAAAACACUGAUAAAAGAAUAUAGAUAUUAUGAACUUAUAAUCAAGCAAAAAAUACUUUUUUGACUUAGCUACCAUGUCUGACUUUGUAGAACUUUUUGUGUUGAAAACAACGUGACGGUCACGUUGGAGAGAAUCCAGGAAAGAUUUUAAAAAUGGUGCUGUUUUUGAUGUUCUUCCCAGGUUUUGGUUGUAUAAAAACACAUUUUCAGUGUCGAUUGAUGCCAGAGAAAUGUGUCUGGAAGAAAUGUGUCUGUCUUUAUUGAUGAGGUGCAUACAGUCUAAAGUGGCGUCCUCUUUGCAUUUCCUUUCCUCAAUCUGGAUGGGUGUCACCACAUUCAGCUAGCAAUAGUUGAUAUGUUUGAAAAAAAGAUUUUCUGGAUCAGUGAAUUUGAAGUAUAAGUUGAAGAAGAAGCCAUUAUAUAGGCAACUGGGAUGCAUCCAGGACUCAUGUCGAGGUACUCCAUAUAGGAUUUUUCUGUCGAGAAACAGUUCAGGGGCAAUAGGCUGAUAUUUUAUAAUUUAUGGGAUUUCAUGUGGAGAGUAUUUUGAAAGUGUCCAUACUAGAAAGCUUUACGUUUGCAUGUCUUUUUAAAAUCGCAUGUCGAGGGGGAACAUUUUGUUGGCCCAAAGGUUUUUAUUUCACAAAAAUAAAACACUUUCCUUUUUAUACCUUUAUUAUUAUUAUUAUUAUUAUUAUUAUUAAGACUAAAAUAUUCAGUUUUUCAGCUGCAGUUUUGUUCUUCUGUACAUCCACAAUAAGCGUUCUUGUUUUUAAAAUGUAAUGUGGUGUGUGGUUUGUUUUUGCUGAUAAUAAAAAUGCAGAAGGACUCUGUACUGUUUAAACAGA